GAAACCGCAAAGUGACUUAAGCACAACAUCGCUGGGAUCAAUCAUAGUCAGUAACAUAGUGGACUCGCUGAUGGAUGUGCAAAAUGUUAAUACGAGACAGAAGUCCAGGCGUUCAAGACAAAGACACGUGACAGCCAAGAGAUCAUCGGAGUUUGGGGGCAGCAUGCUCAAAAGUCAGAUGAAGCGAAUUUCAAGGGCGAGUGAUAAAGAUGUUGCGCACUACAAUCACCCGAUUUAUCUCCCUUACGAUUAUCUUAGGAGUAUCGCUAAAGUGCAGAAGUGCGGACUUCACGAUUUCUCGACUAACAAGAACCCUACCGAACAAAAAGAGACGCCUCUUGCCUACGGAAUCGAAACAAGCCGGAAACCUAACAGGAUUGAUCAAAAGGAAACCCAAAAAACCAGCUUGACCAAAAACUGCCCAGCC